AUGGAGAUACCCAAUAGGACUGUGGUGCAGGAAUUCAUUUUGCUUGGCUUUGGAACUGGGCAGAGGGAACGCUUCCUACUCCUUGUUUUUUUCACCAUUCUCUACAUACUCACUUUGGGUGAGAACAUCAUCAUGACUGCACUGGUGCUUCUAGAUUCCCGCUUGGCUCAGCAUCCCAUGUAUAUCCUUCUAGGCAACUUCUCCUGGCUGGAGACAUGCUAUGUGAGCACCACUGUGCCCCGUAUGCUCUUUGACCUGGCAUCCCCGCAUGGGAUCAUCUCCUUUCGUGACUGUUUCCUCCAAUUCUACAUCUUCUUCUCACUUGGAAAUACAGAAUGUUUCUUCCUCUCAGCCAUGGCCUUGGACCGGUAUUUGGCCAUCUGCCACCCUCUGCACUACCCACAACUGAUGUCCCAAAAUUCCUGUUAUGCCCUGGUGGUUGCUUGCUGGGUCCUAGGCUUCUUGUGGUACCCAGUUCCAGUGAUUUUGCUCUCCAAGUUGUCCUUUUGUGGUCCCAACAUCAUUGAUCAUUUUUUAUGUGACCCUGGGCCAAUAAUCUCACUGGCCUGCCCCCCAUUAGGAAAUGUUCCUCAUAUCUGCCAGGUUUUAAUGAACACCAUCUUUCUAGUCAAUGUCUUUUGUGUUAUGUUUUCCUACAGCAUUGUUAUUGUUACCUUAAUGAAAACUUCCAACCAAGGCAGUCGUAGGAAGUCUUUCUCUACCAUAUUGAUGCACCUGCUGGUCGUGACACUUUUCUACGGAUCCAUAGCAGGGAUGUACUUAGCUCCAGGUGGAGAAAAUCAGUCAGAGGUGACUAAGGCAGUAACACUCUUCUACACGGCCAUCACACCCUUUCUCAAUCCCUUGAUUUACUGUCUGAGGAACGAUCAGGUGAAGGAGGCACUAGGUAGAUUGUGGAGAAGAAAGGUGAGAUGGCGGCAGUCAAAGGUGACAAUGUAA